AUGGAGGUCCGCAGCCUGGAGUACGGGCUCAACGCUACCGCUUCUCAGGGCGUCACUCUCAAUCUCUACGAAAAGGCGUCCCUCGAUGUCGCCCUACUCAAACUGAAAAAGAAGGAGCAGCUUACGGGUGAACUGUUUUUCUGGGGCAAGCUAUGUGGACAGGAGGCAGAUUACUACUUGUGUUACAUAAUUGUAGACGAAGGAAAGGUCUAUCCGAUCAAAAAGUUCUACUAUAGUACGGCCUCCUUCGACUUCCGUGAGCUGCCGAAAGUAUCGGAGGACCAAGCGAAGCAAUUGGACUCAGCUGGAAAGAUUAUCAUCACAGGCGUUCCAUCCCGCGUCCUCGACAUCAGCAACCAAGAAGAGGCGUCGAAGAGCCGCGACGCCUUAAGGGAAAGCCAUGCCCUCAGUCAUCUCAUUUCUCGGAUCGACUACUCCACCGCCGCUGUGCCGCGGGGGGCGUUCAGACUGAAGCUCGGAAACAAAAUCGCCUCUGCUCCAGAGUUCAAUGGUUUGAGCUUCCUUGAGGCGCAGAGCCUCUCUUCAUGGGUUCACUUCCGUCCAGCGGACAACCUUGAAACUCUCAGGGCACUCGCUUCCAAAGACUACCAAUUUCACGCCGAUUUCCUCGAAACUCUAGAAAAUGACAUUCCCAAAGGAAGCUGGACAUUCCGGUAUGACCCAUCCUCGUGCAUAGUCACUCUUCGCAGCAUCCUAUGGCCAGGCUACAUCGCCUAUUGCGUCCUAAAUACAAAAUUUUUCGGCAGUGUGUAUAUCGGCAACGGAGAGCAGAAUGUGGAUCUUCCUUUCCUCCUUCCUUGA